CUCACCUGCCCUAGCCGAACGUGAGGACCCUUAACCUUUGACUCAAGAUGGCGGCGUCCUGAGCGCUCGCUCUUACGGUUGCCCUGUGGUGUAGUAAGGCCGGGAACAGUGCAUCAUGUCGAAGCUAAGCCGGGCUACUCGGACGCUCAAGAAGCCCGCAGCCGGGGGCGUGAUCCGGACCAUCGUCCGGGCAGGCCAGGCUGUAUCCGGGCCCCCGCUGGGCCCCAUCCUGGGUCAGCGAGGCGUUUCCAUCAAUCAGUUCUGUAAGGAGUUCAAUGAGAAGACAAAGGACAUCAAAGAAGGCAUUCCUCUGCCUACCAAGAUUUUUGUGAAGCCUGAUAGGACAUUUGAUAUCAAGAUUGGACAACCCACUGUUUCCUACUUCCUGAAGGCAGCUGCCGGGAUUGAGAAGGGAGCCCGGAACACAGGGAAAGAGGUGGCAGGCCUGGUGACCUUGAAGCACGUGUAUGAAAUUGCCCGCAUCAAAGCUCAGGAUGAUGCCUUUGCCCUACAAGAUGUGCCCCUGUCUGCUGUUGUCCGCUCCAUUAUUGGCUCUGCCCGUUCCUUGGGCAUUCGUGUGGUGAAGGACCUCAGUGCGGAGGAGCUGGCAGCCUUCCAGAAGGAGCGGGCCUUGUUCCUGGCUGCUCAGAAGGAGGCUGAUUUGGCAGCCCAGGCAGAGGCUGCCAAGAAGUGAGCCCUGUACCCUGGACUGCAUGGUUUUGAAGGGAGCAUCUGGGAAGGGAGGGGGAACAGUUUGGCAGACUGUGCCAAAGCGGAGUAAGAGAGGUCAUACCAGCCUAAUAAUUUUUUCCUGAUUUUAUGUUUUUACAUAUGUAUCUGUAUCAGGGAAUCAAACUGAAAUAAACAUCCUUUUUCACUCACUCUCACUUCUGCUUU